AUGUGCCGCCAGUGGUGUCGGUGCGUGGGGUGGAGGCUCUGCACGGAGAGUGACUGGAAAGUAUUGAGGGCGGUUGCGAGGAACAUGGGCGAGGCGGAGAUUGAGGGGCAAUACUGCAGCCCCAAGCCGGAGUUUGUGACGAGGAUGCGGGCGAGUUGGCAAGGAGAUGGUAUUGGAGACUCCGUCCGUUGCGGAGCAGGAGGACACGACACCUCAUGGAGGUGCAAAUGGAGUGAGAGCCUCAUCGGGGACAAAGAUGCAGAUCUCUCUGGGAUUGUAAUUCCAAUUCCUCGCGCAAUUGACGCAGCCAUCUCCAGUAUAGCUACAGGCUGA